AUGGCUGAUCACAAUUAUGUUUCAAUAAGCGAAUGUGCAAAGAAAUAUUGUAAACGAUAUUGUUGUACUCCACAAUGCAAAAAUAAACAAAUGUCUACGUCAACUAUUACAUUCCAUUCCUUCCCUAAACAAAAAGAUUUAAAAUUAAAAUGGAAGACUGCUCUAAAAAUUGCAAAAGAAGUGCCAAAAUAUGCUUUUGUCUGUUCUACACAUUUUGAUGACAGUGAUUUUAUUUCAAGCUCAAAAACUAGUUCACCAGCAAAAAUAAGAAGGCUGAAGAUUGGUGUAGUACCUUCAAAAAAUUUACCUGCUCGGUCACUGGACAAAGUGCUUUUAACUCCAACAAAAGAAAAAAUCAUUAAGAGAGCUGAGAGAUUGAAACAACGUCGUCAAAAUAAAGAACAUUGUCAAAUUUUAUUUCAAAAUGACUGUUUACCAGAUAGUACACCUAUUACUGAUGUAGAGGAAUUAUCUCCAUCUUCUACACAAACUGAUGUCUUGACCCAAGAAAAAACUACAGUAUUAUCAAAUGAAAUUAAAACUGCCGAUAAAGAAGUCCAAAUGGACAAGUUGUUAAAACUUGUCAAUAUUGGUGAAUUUGUGAUAAAAAGUUUAAGUUAUAAUAUCAAUUUUUCUCUUGAUACUCUUCAUAGAAUAGUGUUAGUAUUAAUUAAGUUAAAACUAAGUACAUCGUACAAAUGCUUGGCAGUUUUAUUUGGUGUUUGUAAAAGUACUUGUACAAAUUACUUUUACGAAACAAUUGAUUUGUUAUAUUUAAUUUUAAAACCUUUAGUUUUGUGGCCUUCUAAAUCAAGUAUUUCUAAAAAUAUUCCUAAAUGUUUCAUAAAUUUCACAAGUACUAGGGUCGUAGUUGAUGGAACAGAAACCCCUAUCGAAGUUCUAAAAUGUUUGUCAUGUCGAAUUAGAACUUAUUCUUUUUAUAAAGGUAAACAUACUAUUAAAUUUAUAGUGGGCAUUUCUCCAGAUGGCCUAAUAACUUUUGUUAGUGAUGUGUAUGGUGGCAAAGCAUCUGACAAACAUAUAUUUGUAGAAAGUAAUACAGUAGCAAAGUAA